AUGGCACCAAACAAAGCCACACUCCUGUUCCAGGAGACUGGUUCCUCCGGUGUGCAGUCUCAGAGCAGUACAAGUUCCCAGUCUAAAGACCUUGCCGUCGUCAUUGAGCGCUCCGAGUACCUCCGAGUUGAAUACAAUUCAGGCACGAGUCCAACCUCGACGUCGACCGGCAACGGCAACGGCAAUGACUCGAAGACGUCAACCACACGACCUAAACAAACGGCACGCCGGAGCGCUGGUGGGAGGCCACCAGCAAAGCGAAGGGUUGCAAGUGAUAGAAGCACCCCAAAGAAUGCGGCUCGAGGAAGUAGACCUGGAACUGCGGCUCCGAGCACGCGGCGCAUGGAUACGACGUCCCGAGCCACGCGGUAUACAACGCAUAGACAGACGGCACGCGGUAGUGGGCGUACAAACUCAGCCUCUGGAGGUAUGACCAGCGGGAGGAUGAGUCCUGGGGACACUGUCCCGAGAUUUACUCGGAGGCAGACGGCGCGAAGGGGGACGGGGCGCCGCGUAACUUGA